UUACAGGAAGCUGUAGCCUAAUCUGUAGGGGUUAAUCCGCGUAGUUUACAGGUAUUUAACCAUUAAAACCUUCGAAUGUUACAUUGUAUCGUUGAGCAACAUACGUUAGAAUCAAUAUCAAUGUUCGUGACAUUCGAAUCCACCGAGUAAUUAUUAUUAUUUUAUUUUUAAAUACAUACAUAGGUUGCGUUAUAGUCUAUCACAGUGCCAUUUAUGUAGGUGAUGUUAAAACGUAGACUUUUGAAUAAACCUACAAUUCAGUUUACACAACGUUUUAACGAAUUCACGACUGAACUCGUGUUCAUGAUUUAAUGUUACAGUGUGCCCUUGAUCGACCCUCUUUCAAUGUAAUUUGAUGAAGUGAAGGAGCAGCGAUUUCGGAGAAUACGGACGAUAUAAACUACAUGUAACAAAACAGAAGAUUCAAUCGCUGCCCACGUCAGAGGAACUGCGGUACAUUAGCGGAAGAAUGCCAGCGGGUGUGUGUGGCUGCUGUGGACCCCUGAGGCCCAGGUACAAACGCCUGGUUGAUAACAUCUUCCCAGAGGACCCCAAAGAUGGCCUGUCCAAGUCAGACAUGGAGAAGCUCACCUUCUACGCGGUUUCAGCCCCAGAGAAGUUGGACAGGAUUGGGGCCUACCUGGCGGAGCGACUGAGCCGAGAUGUGGUCCGCCACCGCUACGGGUACGUAGUCAUCGCCAUGGAGGCUCUGGACCAGCUCCUGAUGGCCUGUCACUCCCAGAGCAUCAAGCCCUUUGUGGAGAGCUUCCUCCACAUGGUAGCCAAGCUGCUGGAGUCCCGGGAGCCAGACCUGCAGGUCCUGGGGACCAACUCGUUUGUCAAGUUUGCCAACAUCGAGGAGGACACACCGUCCUACCACCGGCGCUAUGACUUCUUUGUCUCCCAGUUCAGCGCCAUGUGCCACUCAACCCAUGAAGACCCUGAGACCAGAACCAGGAUCCGUGUAGCCGGUAUCAAAGGGCUGCAGGGUGUGGUGAGGAAGACGGUGAACGAUGAGCUUCAGGCCAUCAUCUGGGAGCCCCAGCACAUGGACAAACUCAUCCCCUCCAUGCUGUUCAACAUGCAGGAUGCUGAGGACCUAGACAGGGUGGGCCCACCCGGCACGCCUUCGGAGACAGGACAGGAUGGUGAGGAAAACCCAGCGUCUCUGGCCGAGAGCUGCUUCAGAGAGCUGCUGGGAAGAGCCGCCUACGGCAACAUGAACAACGCCGUCCGCCCUGUACUUGUUCAUCUGGACAACCACCGGCUGUGGGAGCCCAACGAGUUUGCUGUUUCCUGUUUCCGGAUCAUCAUGUACUCAAUACAGGCCCAACACUCCCACCACGUCAUCCAGCAGGUCCUGGGCCACCUGGACACGCACAACAAGAACACCCCUCGCAUGAGGGCCGGCAUCGUGCAGGUCCUUCUCGAGACGGUCGCCAUAGCAGCCAAAGGCUCCGUCGGCCCUACGGUACUGGAGGUGUUCAACACCCUGCUCAAGCACCUGCGGAUGAGUGUGGACUUUGAGCUGGGUGAGAACUCCAGACGGAACUCUGGCGCCAGUGUGUCCUCGUCCGGACGGGUCAAGGAGAGCGAGGAGCGCAUUGUCCAGAACGCCAUCAUCCAGACAAUCGGGUUCUUUGGUGGCAACCUGCCAGACUACCAGCGCGCGGAGGUGAUGAUGUUCAUCAUGGGCAAGGUGCCCGUGUAUGGCACCCCCUGCCACACCCUGGACACUGUGAAGAUUGGGCACCAGGGCACCAAGCGUAUCCAGGCCAUGCUGCUGAGCUCGCUCAUUAUGGUGACCUCUGGUUUCAAGUCCAAGACCAUGGUGGCAGCGCUGCCCGCACCCUUCCUGGACCCACUUUUCUCCAUUUCACUCAUGGAGGACUGCGAGCUUCGCCAGUUGGUCCUUGAGAUCCUGCUCAACAUCAUCGAUCGCCACGACAACCGCGCCAAACUGCGGGGCAUCAGGAUCAUUCCUAAUGUGGCGGCCUUGAAGAUAAAGAGGGAGAAGAUAUCGAAACAAGACGUUGGGUUCAUGAAAAAGCAUGGGCAGCAGUUGUACCGUCACAUCUACCUGGGCUGUAAGGAGGAGGACAACGGUCACAAGAACUUUGAGCUGCUCUUCACUACCCUGGCCGUGCUCACCAUUGAGCUGGCCAAUGAGGAGGUGGUGGUGGACCUCAUCAGGCUGGCUCUUGCCCUGCAGGAUAUGUCCUUGGCUAAUGAGGAGAACAUGCCCAUGGUCAUCCGCUGUGGCAUCAUGGCACUGGUGGCGGCCUACCUGAACUUUCUUAGUCAGAUGAUCGCCAACCCAGCCUUCUGUCAACACGUCAGCAAGGUGAUUGAGAUGAGGAACCUGGAGGCCCCUUACCUCCUCCCUGAGCACAUCUUCAGAGAGAAGUGUCCGAUUCCAAAUUGUCUUGAGAAGGAAGACCGGAGCCUAUAUUUCCAGACGGUUGACCUGGCGGAGUGCCUGGUCGCACCAGGAUACAACGCUGAGCGUCUCUCAAUCCCCUACGUCCCCCAAGUGACAGAUGAAGACCGCCUCACCAGAAGAAAGAGUUUGGUUGACACCAUUUCUCUUCAAGUGGAUUUCCCUUCCGAUAGCCUACCAGACAAGUCUCUGCUGGCUGAGGAGAUCACCUUCGAGACUCUGAAAAAGGCCAUUGACACCACAGGGCUGGAGGAGCAGGAGAAGGAGAAGAGGCGCCAGGUCAUGGAGAAGUUCCAGAAGGCUCCAUUUGAGGAGAUUGCCGCCCACUGCGAGUCCAAGGCCAAUAUGUUACAUGACAGACUGGCACAAAUCUUCGAGCUCACUAUCCGGCCCCCUCCCAGCCCCUCUGGGGUGGUGUCUAUCUCUGCGGGCCACCCUCAACACCAGUCUGUCCCUGUCUACGAGAUGAAGUUCCCCGACCUGUGUGUCUACUAGAUCAAAGACCAGCCACUAACGCCUUGUAUCCUCAACCCUAACCCUGACCACUAACCAUACCCAGACCUGUGUGUCUACUGGAGCAAAGACAACCACAUAGCCCUUACCCUAACCACUAACACAUUUUAGCCUCAACCCUAACCCAUUUCCUAACCCCUUGUGGCAGGAUAGAACCACUAAAACCCUAUACCCUCAACCCUACCCCCUAACUCCUUAGCCCUAUACCAGAUAUGUCAGCUACAGCAGAGACUAGCUGUGGUACUGUACCACUAAGCCCGAAUACUGUGUUCCCUAUUUCUUAACACUGCACAUUGUUCCUGCCCCUCCUCAGACUAACGUGUCUAUUACCAGAUGAGAUGACUGUAGUUUCCAGUCACACGCACAGUCUACACACACGUGAACGUGCGCGCACACGCACAUUCGUAUUUAAGGUCUAAUCAAUUAGCUGUGGUGUGUUGGCUUAUACACUUGGAAAGUGGAGAUGUCAUAGAACAUCGAAAAGUGAACAUUACUGGAGGCACAUUGUCGUUUCAAAGAUACCAUCGCUCUUGCUAGCGAAGAGAUUUGUAGUGGCUAAUUAACAGUAAAUAAGUUAAUUGUUUUGCCUCACAGUUAGCCAAGAGGCUUACCUAGCCAGCUAAAAUAGUUUACAGCUGGUUAGCAAUCGUUUAAAAAAACUAUUUUGCUAGCAACAUAGUGCUGCCGUGUUAAUUAUAACCGGGCUCACAAAAUGUGUCUCCAGUUGUUUACCUUUUACCAUUGUGCAUUUCUGUGCAUAUUAGAGAAAAGUCAUUUUAGCAGCCAGCCUGAAAAAUAGCUUAUUUUAUUGGCUUUUUCAGACAGAUAAGCUGCAGAAAGCUAAUACUUUUUUUUUUAUGUCCCAAUUUAUUGAAAACCAAUUCAUAUAUGUUAAUCUGUGUGGACAAGGUGAAUUUCAGGUAGAACAUUGAGAGUCUUGGAAAUGUGGAAAUUCUAUUCUGGAAUAGACAUCUUGGUGGAUUGAGCGGGGUUCUUUAUUGCAGGUCCAUUAUGGCAGUGUUUCAAAAAUGUUGGAUAUGAGACCAGGCUAGUAACCCCCCCCCCUGUUAUGUUAUGGUCUUGGCUUUUGGUUCCUUCCAUAGGAAUCCAGUCACCACUGUUCAAAACCUACUGGAGUCAUGCCCUUCAGGACCUGUACUGAGGAAUGGUAUUGUGGACCAGCUAACGCUCGCACUUCACCACCUUUUUCAUCGCUCUUUCACAAUAUGGUACAAAAACAUGUAGUUAUUUUUAUUACACCCUCUUGACAAGAUUCAUGUGAAGGCCUAUUAAGUCGUCUUUUUCUUCUCAAUCCUCUCACCGACGCUGAGCACAAUACAAAUAUUCUAACGCAAUGGACUUUGGAUAGUUCCAUCUAUUUUCUUGUAAGGCAUUUUACAUGAACAUUUUAGAGAUUUUUCAUUAUUGAUUAUCACAUUUCAAAUCUCUGUCAUUUCUCUUUCCAGUAAUUUGAGGAACCUGCAAUUUGACAUGACGUAUUGGUUUGAUAUCACAAUGCAUCAAAUAAAUCUAGAUACAGUAUAUACAAUGUUAUGCUUAUUGCUAUAGGCCAGAUGUUUGUGUGCAGUAUAAUUGGUAUUGUUCACAUGGGUUUCAUAGCUUGCAGCUUCCUGUGGAUAUGUGUCACGAUGAUUUGUCCUGAUUGUUAUUUGUAUUGAUUGUUAUUUAGAGUAUGUGGGAAAAUAUAAUUGAGGGUUCACCAAUAUCAUUUUCCAACUUACCUGGCAGGACAAGAUCUGUCAUAACUCUGUUGGCCAUCUAGAAUACCAAAAUGCUUUCAUCUUUACCAAAGAAUCCAUUUGCCACGGCCCCCAUCCAUCCCCUCCCUCCCUCUAACGUCUUAAUAACGAUGUCACUCAACAUUUUGUUUCUGAGGGAACCAAAUAUCUGUCUGUGUGCUGUUUGGGGCUCGCCACUGGGCUGUUUAAUAACCCAGGUUGUUAUCUUACUAUUGUUACAUCCUGGCUUGGUGCGGGUGUCUCUCCUGUUUCUAGUGCUUGGUAUGAUGCAGACAUGCUGUGUAAAACGCUGCAUUAGUCGAGGAAAAAAGGUCCUCGAUUUGCGGUUGUCGGAUUAUAACAGAUUAUUUUGGAAGGACCCAUCUAAGCAAAGGACCAUUCGACGAAGGGAUGGGCGUAGUUCAGUCCUACAGAGGUUAGUGUCAGGGAGGGGGUCUACAGUCCUCCCAAACAAGACACUCUAAUAAUGAUUAUGAGGCUAUUUGAAAAGAGGCUUCAGCGAUAUGGGUGAUGUUGAGAUGGUUAAUAGCGUGGGCUCAAAUUGAAGAAUAGAGAGGCUAAAGUGAUGUUGGUUAUCAAAAGGUUCUCUGUGAUGGCAUCCUGUUGUGCCUUCUGUAGCAGGAUACUGCAGAACGUUGCUGUGGGUGGUUUUGUAUGUUCAAGGUGGUUUCGUGUUAAGGGUUGAGUCAGGCUUUCAGUCCCAGGUAACCUGAGCCACUGAGAGACUUGAGUCCAGCUUGCGAGACUAGUGGAUCAAAAUUGGUUAGUAUAGUGAGGAAAGACGGCGGGCGGUACGGUGUAUGAUUGUAAAUGGGAAUCACUAAGGUGAUUCGUGGACACUAGCUUCAUCCAUUUUAAUUGGCUGGUGGCGGAAAAUUACCUUUUGGGAUGUAGCCUCUUGGAUUAUAUAUAUAUAUAUAUAUAUAACGUGGUGCUUUAUGACUCAGACCUAAGACACUUGUGAAACGGAUAAAUAACACAUUUGGCACAGAUGAUUGGCCCUCAAACAUAGAUUUUUCCAAUUGUUUUUCAAUCGCGACUGGGUUGUCGAGAUUGCUGCCUUAGCUAAGAAACUUUCGGGAACCUCACCCAAGAGCAGCAGAAGACAAUAAUGUUCAUCCAUAUCCAUUGUCGAAUGGAACAUUUUUAUUUUUGUCUGAGACCUUUUGCUCAUUUUGACCUAAUAUGUAGAAAUGCCCCUAUUGAUGCAUAUAAUCUGAAGUCGUAUCAGAAAUGUGUAAUCUCAUUCAUGGCGAAGUGCAAUAUGUUCUCCUCUGUAUGGUUAUAGGAUUGUUUUUCUUUUGCAACACGUAAUGUCUUAUCUUGAACUGUGGUGUCACUUCAGAUAGCAUAUAUUACUACGAGUUUAUCGAGAGAUUCAUUAUGAAAUAUCAAGUGUGUAUGUAUAACCUAUGGGAGUUAUGACAUGAGGAAUGUAGACCAUACAGCAUCAUUGACUGAGAUCGAGUGCCAGUCUGUUUUUUGCUAUCAUUCCAAAUUCCCUGUCACUCAUUGGCUUGACAAUGACUGCAAUGGAGUACUCAAGAGCACAAACAGGUCUGGGACUAGGCUAUCAUUUACUUUCUUUAUGCUGAAUUUGUCAAUAGUCUAAUAUGGUAUGUUUUUUUAUAGAUAUUCAUCAUACGAGUGGCAUGUUGCCUGAUAGAAAAUGGGUUGGGAGUUCUUCUGUUUAUUGUUCAAAAUCAGCACUCCUCUUAACUUGAAACGGUGCAAUGGGAGACCACUGUUUUGGCUAAACCAGCAUUUUUGAAGUCUGAUGUAUUCUUGGUGUUUUGAGACGCCCCCAUGUGUGCUGGUUUUCCUUCCAACAUAUCCACAAAAUCUUUCCUAAAGGACAAAAUCCUGACAAAAGUUAGGUUAAUGCCAGAUACAAGUCAAUAUUCAAUAAGCAGCUCGAUUUAAGUCUUGUGUGGAUAAGCAGAUGAGUUUGCAUGAAAACCAGCAACCACAGGGGGGUCUGAAGACCUGGUUUGACAAAAGGCUUCGCUGUGGUGAAGAGGCUGCAGGGAUAUUGAGUCCAUUUUCUCUAGUUAUUACAGUAACGAGAUAGAGAAUAGUGAUUAUAGACUGAAAUGAACAGUAUAACAAUUAACAAUCAUUUGAGCGACUGGUCAGCAAUGGCUACAAUUAAGCAUCAUGCUGUGUUUUUAAUUUAACAUCACUUUGUGUAAUAAAUAAGUGUUUUGGUUGUUGUUGUA